AUGGUGAAAGACAGAAAUCAUCUCAAUAAACUUUUACUCUGUAUCAAACAAGCAACACACUUUUACGGGAAGAUGAUGUCCAACUCAGGUAUUAAUAUACUUCUUGUAUGGAACUUCUUCUAAAAGCGUUUUAAAUCCUUGUAAUGUUGUAACAUGUAGUGUUUUUGACAUAUAGGAAAUUCAUAUGGCAACUAUUUUGACCCAGCCAAAGAUUGUUCGUCCAUACUGGACAAAAUCCCCGAUGCCAAAACUGGAGUAUAUUGGAUUAAAACUGACAAUGGACCGAGAAAGGUAAAGAAUAUUUCAUGGCUAAAUAGUUUUGGCUCACAUGCUGACUGCUUAUGCAAAUGUUCCGGCUUAUCCGUAUUUAUAAUGAGUCAUUAUAAAAUAUUAAUGAGCUUAUUCGGAUUUUUACCAUGAAUUGUACAAAACGUAAAGCGUUAUCCGGAUUUUGAAGCAAAAUAUUUCUGAGCCAAUGACCUUCCCAGGUUGAGUAACGAAUCAGAAUGCUGGAUUUUGUGAUAGACCACGGUUGGUGUAUACUAACAAGAAUGUUUUACUGGACCACGGAGAGAACAGUUAAGAACUGGUAUAAAUUAGCUCAUAUCCAAUAGCUCUGUUCUUCUUCAUAUAGGCUUGGUGUGAUUUGGUUACAGACGGCGGGGGAUUUUUGUUGAUAGGUGUUCAAAAUUCAUCAAGAACCAUGGAUGUUCCUUCUGAUUCUACACUUGUCCAUCCACUGGACCUCAGACACUGGUCCAGCAGCUUUGGCGAGGAAAAGAUUUUGGACUUCAGAGUUCAAAUUGCAACCUCUAAAAGCUGGUCCGACACAAAGGCACACUGGUAUAUUUUGUUCACCUUCGGGAAACGUAGCUAGGAAACAAUCUUUCCUGGAUUGUCCACCUUCAGGAAACAUGGCCAGGAAAAAUUUGUUUCCUGAUUUGCCCACCUUCAGGAAACAUGGCUAGGAAACAAAGUUUCCUGGUUUGUCCACCUUGGGGACGUGAAAUUUGUGAAAGAUCUCCAAGACAAUGUUGUGGUCACAAAAAAAUUUGAAUGUUCGCGCUUUGAUGUUCAUUUUCACAAACGUGUGGGAUGGGUUAGUACAAAUAUAAAAUUGGGGAACUACUGCAAUAAAUAAUUUGUGUCUCAACUACCUGAAAAAAAGACUAAAACCACUUCGAUGAAUUAUCUAACAAAUAAAUAAAGUAAAAUAAUGUGUAUAUUUUUAGGGUAAAAUGAAUGAAUGCUUUCGAACUCCGUGCAAAACUGGUUUCAAUUUUUUUAAGUUGGCAACUUCAGGAGCUUUCAGGUAAAAACAAUCUUUAAAUUUUAAAGAAACUGGAACGAUCCAUUUAAUGUCUUCUUUCACUCUUAGUUUCAGUGUGGAAUCAAAUAAAUCUGGGAUAAUAAAUAAUUCCACAAAAUAUAUCGGAUGUGAAAAAGACAAGGUAAUUCUUCCUAAUCCUUGCAAUGCUUAAUUAUCCUAAACAUAUCCUUGUGAUGUAAUUCUGGUCAAUCCUACAUAUCUUAAGUAUCCUAAAUCUUUAUUGCAUAACGUCAGAAAAUGUCAAAACAAUGAGUGACUCAGACUGGAUGACAUGAAGAACAGUGAGAUUUUCAAAACAAUGAAAAGACAAUGGAAUAUUCUGAUCACUGGAUCAUGACUCGAUGGCAUGGAGAACAGUGGGAUUUUUAAAACAAUGAAAAGACAAUGGAACAUUCUGAUUACUGGAUCAUGACUGGAUGGCGUGGAGAACAGUGGGAUUAUCAAAACAAUGAAAAGACAAUGGAACAUUCUGAUCACUGGAUCAUGACUCGAUAGCAUGGAGAACAGUGGGAUUUUCAAAACAAUGAAAAGACAAUGGAACAUUCUGAUCACUGGAUCCUGACUGGAUGGUAUUGGUAACCAUGCAAGGCCCAUAUACAACGUUAUUCUAGCUUAAGAACGAACUGAGGUUGACAUGGGUUGAUUUUUGUUGUUAUAGUGUUGUGCAUGCUUCGGGCCCUCCAGUGAAAAAGAUUACUGUGCCCCAGGCUGCAAGGCAAUCAACGGAGGGACAAUUCUGACAGAUGACGACACCGAGAUCCAUGCGUGGUACUGGAUACGAACCUCGUUACCAAAACGAGUUUGGAAAAAAUGUAUGGAAUAUGAGAAAAUUGACGCAGGAGGGAAAACUGUCAAAUGGCAUGUAGAUGAAUAUACCAAAGUUCCUCAACAGGUACAUACUUAGUCUCCCGUACAGCCGCUGUUUGUGGUACAUACGUAGCGGGCUAUGGUUGCAAACAAAGGAACCAACUCAUUGGCUGAACUUAUGUCCAUGAGCAUACCAAUUUUGAAACAAUAUUUUCCUAUUUAUAGGGGCCUUGUUCGUAUCCAGGAGAUGUGAGAUUUAAUGAUGGAGUACGUACCAUGUCAUUUUAAUAAGUUGUCAUUUUUUUCAACACAUUAUUGAUCAAACUACACACGUAAAAACGCACAAGUGGUUACAUGUCUGCAAACAAGUUGUUACAAAUCUGUUCAGAAGCUUACCUACCUUACCUACCUGUCGACAAGUUCUGUUCGCAAUGCUUGUUCCCAGUUGUUGUAACAAGUUUGAUGGCAUUAUCAGACUUGUUAGAACUACUUUACAAGUUGUUCUAACAAGUCUGAUACAUUCAUAGAAUGAUAUAUUCAAUGAUAUAUUCAAGAAUGUUACAAAGGUUGGCGACACAAGGUUGUGACAAUAUUGUUAUAUCAUGACUGUAUCGGACUUGUUGGAUCAACCUUGCAACAAGUCUGAUAAUAUCAAUAAGGUUGUUACAAAUUGUUAACAGCUUAUUUCCUAACUUGUUGACAACUUGGGACAAGCAGUGCGAACACAACUUGUUGACGGCUUGUUGGCAGACUUGCUACAACAUGGGAGAUUUGAUACAAGACGACGAGUGUAAUCAUCAUCAUUACUAUCAAGAUUAUUGUUUAUUUAUUGACGAUAGCCACGUAACAUUUUCAGGUUGCAGUGGUUGAUAAUAAAGAAACAUUGGAAAAACUGCCAAAUAUCGAGGGCCUUCUGUCUUAUCGAACUGAUAACAAAGAUUUGUUACUGAGAGGAAAACAUUCCUGGAACAGUAUGGCGAAGGAAAACCAGGUGACAAUACACUCUUCUGGAAAGUGCUCAGGCUUCACAGCCGCGUUUUCGUGAUUGAGUUGUUGGGUUUAGAACACUUUUAACCAGGGCCGCCUCUGACAGGUGGAAGAUUUACGAAAUCAUACAGCUUCAAUAUUGGAGAAUAUAAAAACCUUUAUAUAAUGAGAUCAUCAGUAACAAGAUACAGGUUUUUAAAGCAGAUAUCUCAAUCACGAAAAUGUGGCUCUAUAGCCAAGGAUAAGUACUUUCUGAAAGGUGGAUUUUAAUCUUUAGUUGCCUACCUCGACAAACAGAGACAGACAGCCUGACUAGACAAACAAGUGAUCGUUAAUAUGCUAUACAACAAAACGCUCGAAGUCGUCAAAUAACACCCCAUGCAUUCAAAUGUUUAAAUUGUUCAACAGGUUCUGAAAUUAGAAGCGGAACUUGGAACUUCAGAAAGGAAAUUAAGAAAAGUCCAAACUUCACAAAACGAACUACGAAGAGAAUUGACUGAAAGUAAAGCUAAAAUAUCUGAGUUAUCUUCCAAGCUGUUGAAAUUAUUAGAAAACGGUAUAGUUAAUAACGUUACAACAUUGUAAACAAAUAGCUCAUAUUUGACCUGAUCCAAUAUAGUCUUAAUCAAAUCUCUUAAUUAAUUAAUUAUCAGUUGGAAAACUCUAGAAAUAAAUAAGUCGUUUCUUAUUCGUGUUUAGAAACCAAAAUAUAUUCAUCGUGCAAAAGUGCUUUGGAAAAAAUCAGGUGAGGACUUUGUUUAUGAUGGAACCCAGCCACAAUGUUUCUUCAUUUUCUGGUAUAAUCUUGUCUUAUUGUAUGGUUUUAUUUUAGUAAUGCCAAACAUGGUGUGUAUAAAAUUAAAAGUCCCUCGGUUGCCAAAGGUUAUUUCAAUGUAUAUUGUCACAUGACAUCGAUGCCCGGAUGUUCAGGUGGAGGAUGGACUUUAGUCAUGAAAAUCAAUGGAAAAAAGGUGAAUUACUAGUUAAGAUGGCGAACUGAUGUUUUUUAAAGGCUUGUCGUCGUCGUCGUCGUCGUUGUUGUUGCUGGUGUUGUUGUUGCUGGUGUUGUUUUAUAGUAAUGCCAUGGUAUUGAUGUUGUUGUUCCUGCUGUUGUUCUUGCUGCUGUUGUUGUUGUUGUUGUUGUUGUUGCUUGCCUUUGUUGUUCUAAAGAGAUUCACAGAUUGUUUUCGAGCUGUAAAUAUAGAUGCUAUUUUUUAGGAAACAUUUCAUUACGGUUCCAGUUACUGGAGCAACAACGCAACAUACAAUCCAGGAGGAGCCCUGACGGGAUUCGAUGACCAGGAAACGAAACUAGCAACAUACUGGAACAUGCCUUUCAAGGAAAUAUGUUUAGGAAUGAAAGUCAACAACCACCUAAAUUUUAUAUCUAUCUCAUAUCAAGCAUCUUCAUUGUAUAACGUAAUUGCAGAUGGCAGUUAUCGUGCUACCAGCAUUGGACGAUCGAAAUGGCUGUCUUUGGUACGGGGUUCUGGUUUGCAAUUACGCUGCAACCGUGAGGGGUUUAACGUACAUUCACUAAAACCACGUUACACUUACCUACAAGUAGUCCGCAUAGGAAUACUAGGAAAUGAAGGUGAUGAUGGUUGCAGAUCCUCAGAUUCGUACUUUGGAUUUGGUGGCCUGAGCAAAAACAGGCGUAUUCAUUGCAAGAUGCCAAAGACAUCAAACACAUGUGGCAAUGCCGCUUACUGCAUGCGUCCAGCAAAAGACAAAGAAAUACCUGCAAUGGGUUACAUUUUUGUUCGUUGAACACUUUAUAUGUUUCCAUCAACUUAAUUUUUUACCUUUGAUACUUACAGUGACAUUGUUGUCAUACUGAUAAUGGCACAUAAAAUACCUAAUAUGUAACCAAUAUUAGCUUGACCACGCAAAUAUUAGACUGCACUGCUUCGAGUGCUUCAAACCGAGAAGUAACCUUAUCAACUUAUAAUCAGAAGUUUAGUACUUUGCACAAUAACAUAAUCAUUAAGUAAAAUAUAUAACAAUCUGUAAUGCAUUGGUUUUCAACAUAAUCAUUAAGUAAAAUAUAUAACAAGCUCAUUCUCGUACCCAGAGCCCUUCUUACGCGCGGUGCGAUGAGGGGCUCUGACCAAAUCCAUAACCGGAUACCAUAAAAACAUGGUAAGAAAACAAUAUCCGGUGUUAGAACUAGCCAAUCAGAUGCCAGUUCGUAAUGCCAAGCUGUGAUACAUUGGUUUUCAUUAAAAAUGACCUUUACUGUCCUGUCAAAUUAUCCUCAUCCAUUAUAAGACCCAUUUGCUUUGUCCUUUCGAAACUUUUUUCUGGUA